UUUUGACUUUCCCUUCUCUAUUUCUUUCGGCUUCGUUACUUCACAGGAGUAUAGAGUUUUUUGACUCCGCGCAGAAAAUUUACAAUCCCGCUUGAAUCAUCGCGACACAAGGUAGUCUUGCAGAAGAAGAAAAUGGCUUCAGAGAACUCGGUGAUGGCGGUGAUUAGGGCUUCUCGGCCUACCUUUCGAAACAAUCACGAUAAGGUCGCAUUUGUCAUUCACGCCUCCUUUCUUUCUGCGGGAUUCUCCCUCAUAGCUGUGGGUCGAAGAGCCGUAGACAAUAAUCUACCAAUCGAAGGUGAGGAGGUUGGGAUCGAGGGGUGGAAUGAACUGGACGACGCUUACGGAUUUGUGUACUCCAAAUCAGAGAAGGACGCGAAGAAGGCGAUCUUGGUGAAGUGUUUGCCCUUGGAGGAUUAUCUGAUGGUUGAUGUCGUGGAAUUGAAGGGCGAGCAGAAAGAGCCGUUCCAUCUGCAAAUUCUUGUCGAAGACUAUUUGGCCGACAGUGGAGCUCAGCAGACUAAUUAUGGAGACAUGUAUAAGAAUCUGCAAGGCCUGGUGAAGAGUCUGAAUACAGUGAUUCUGGAGCAACUGGAACCUAAGUGCAAGGCCGUGGCAUCUGCAAGUCCAUCACGAUCAUCUAG